UUAAACAGUUCUAGGAAUUGAAACGUCAAAUCCAAACUGCAUUUCACUACUGAGUCUGCUAGAAGCCUUAAAACCGCAUAACCGCUGACCGACAAGGCAGGAUUUUCCUGUGAGCAAGAAAGGAGCACUUUCUUCGCAAAAAUUUUCACCUAAACUAAUCGCGUUGUAUCCCUAACCACAACUGACUAGAAUCAGGUAGCGAGCGACUCGCACCCUCGGUAUUUUCGUCCUCAUAAUAAUCCAGGCCAAGCUUGAUGAGUAGAACUUGUCAUGGACAAUAAGAAAAAUUCGUCACGAUCUGAUCUCACUUCUUGAUUAAAAGAGUCCUGUCUUAAAAAGUCUCAUAUACUCCACAAAAAAUGAAGUUAUUCUCCACAGAUAAACCAAAGAUUGUUGAUCUCCUGCGCCAAAGACAGUUGAAGGAAUCAAGCGCUUAUUUACUCUCGAGACAACUACAGGUAAACGAUGACUUUAUUGCUCGGUUGGGACUGGAAACAGAGCUUGAGGGUCACGGAGGCUGUGUCAACUGCCUGGAAUGGAAUGAAAGUGGACAAACCCUUGCUUCAGCAUCCGAUGACACACAUGUAAUACUUUGGGAUCCGUUUAGAUAUGUAAAGAAAUUAGUGCUAAGAACGGGACACAGUGGAAACAUAUUUUCCGUGAAGUUCAUGCCGAGGUCUAACGACAGCAUUCUCGUGACCGGGGCUGGAGAUUGUUGUGUGCGAGUUCACGACGUAACAGUCUCUAAAACGGUUCUAACAUGCGGCUGCCACACUGGGCGCGUCAAGAGAAUCGCAACGGCACCGGGUGUUCCGUUUAUGUUUUGGACCGCAGGAGAAGACGGACUGAUAAUGCAGUACGAUACGAGAGUCCCGCAUACUGGCGUAUCCCCAGGGAGAAAAAGCAUUCUCAUAAACCUUGUCAAUCACAUGGGCCGAUAUGCCGAAGCAAAAUGUAUCGCAAUAAACUCCCGGAGACCGGAACUCAUCGCUGUCGGAGCCAACGAUGCGUACGUCAGAAUGUACGACAGUAGAAUGAUCAAACCGUCCACUCGACAGACCUCGACUCCCCCCAACGCUGAAUCUCCCGAAGGAAUCGACGUCCGCGCCAGACUCCAGCGGGCCGGAAAAGGCGAUCCAGAGGACAAUGUGCCUCUCGGAUGUGCGUGGUAUUUCGUUGCCGGUCACCUGAGGACGCGGCACCGCGACCCAAAGAGAAACAGAAGUCUGGCUGCCACCUACUUGACUUUCAGCGCUGACGGUAAUGACCUUCUGGUAAACAUGGGUGGAGAACAGAUUUACCUUUUCGACGUCAACAAGGGAAUCAGAUCCAGAUUUCACACGGUCAACGGAACGCACGAUCAGCGAUCGUCAGACCAUUACCAGGAAGAGGUCAGCGGGAUGGACACCUAUUUCAGGGACAACGAUACGCCAGAUUUACCCCCGCAGGUCGAGGGUAUCAAACAAGAAGCGAACGCGGCUUUUCAGAAACAAAAAUGGUCCACCGCAAUCAGCCUUUACAACAAAGCAAUAGCUCGUUCACCCCGGUCCGCUGUACUUUGCGGAAACAGAGCGGCAGCUUUGAUGAAACGUGCCUGGGACGGAGACGUAUACGCGGCUCUUCGAGACUGCCGAACGACGAUCCUUCUCGAUCCGGAACACGUGAAGGCGCACUUCAGAUUAGCGAGGUGUCUCUACGACCUGAACCGCGCUGCCGAAGCGCACAAAGUUAUUGUGAAUUUUCAGAAGCAAUUUCCCGACUUCGCGACAAACUCCGCGUGUCGUGCUCUCUACAAGGACAUCAAAGGAGCCUUGAGUCUCGAAAACAGCGACGACAUGGAGGCCGAAGAGGUCGAGGAAGAGGAAAAGGACGAGGACGAAGUACCCCGGGUACAAACACCACCUCAAAGUACGUCGUCCCACGAAAAAUACUGGCAAAAACACAGCACGGAUUACGAUCUCAGAUUUUGCGGCCACUGCAACACGACAACCGACAUAAAAGAGGCAAACUUUUUCGGAAGCGAUGGACAAUACAUCGUCGCCGGAUCGGACGACGGUUCCUUCUUCAUUUGGGACCGCGAGACCACGAAUAUUCUUCGAAUCCUCCGCGGUGACGACAGUAUAGUCAACUGUCUGCAGCCUCACCCCUCAUCGUGUCUUUUGGCGACCAGUGGAAUCGACCCCGUUAUUCGCCUCUGGAGUCCGCGGCCGGAGGACGGAAGCAGGAACGCAAGGGAUAUAGAAAACCUCGAGGACGCGGCAUCGGCGAAUCAAGCGCGAAUGAACAGCAACGCUUUCGAAUUGAUGCUGAUGAAUAUGGGCUACAGAUUUCCCGGACAGCAUCACCAUUCAGGCGACGACAGCGAAGAACAAGAGCGUCCCUCGAGUCCGACGCAGAAUACGCAGCCUCUGAAUUGUCGUCAGAGCUAAACGAGGACGCCGUUUGCCGAACGGCGAUUCGAAAGCGAAUUCGAAUGAAAGGAAAAAGAAAAGUAAUAUGUGGCUGGGGGAAAAGGUUGUUGUACAAUUUUGUUUCAAUUAAUAAUAAUACACAGAUUAUAGAAUUUUAUCACGAUUAUAUUAUAUAUUCGAGCUAUCGUAAAAA